AUGGUUGCUGCUGCUGUGUCUUCUACCGAUACAACACCUAAUCCUAAGGUCUCGUCACGGGCUCCGGCACCGGCAAGGUCGAAGCGUGCACCGCUAUUGCCUUCAAAGAGUGACAACAAUGGUCCUCCUCUGUCACGGUACUCGUCUUCUGGUUCUUCUUCACCUCCUGAUACAGUUACAACGAUGUCAUCUCCAUCGUCGUCGUGUUCCUCUUCUACAACAACGACGUCGUCUCCAAAUUCUGUGUGUACUCCUAGGAGGCGGAUUCCGUCGCCAAUUGUUUCUCGAACUAAUUCCGUAACGACAGUGUCUACGGUGACUAAUAAGCGAGAUCAAUCAGCGGAACGGCGUCAUACUGGAAAUUUACGUACAGGUGUGACGUCAGCGAGCGCGAAGAUGGUGACGAAAACGUCUGCAAGGAGUUUGUUGGUUUCGUUUCAAGGUGAAUCGUUUGCGCUUCCGGUUAGCAAGGCGGCGAAGCCGGUGCACAAUGGAUUGAGAUAUCGUACACCGGAAAGGAGGAAGGCUGUAGCGACGCCGGCUAAGACUUCCGAUGUUUCGCAGCUCAUUGAAUCGAAAUUAAGUGGAUCUGGAACUGGAACUGGAACAGCCGGUGCUGAUAGGGCUUUACAAAAGUUCAUCGAGACGAAACUGAAACGUAAUACAGAGAUUCCAGGGAUCGACGAAACUGUUAAUAAGCUUGUAUAUGAUUCUGAUAAUUCCGAUCAUGCCUUUUCCGAUACAGAGAGUAUUUCCUCCGGGAGCACCCUGUGUAAUGUUCGAGGUGGAGGGCGUCGUGCUGUGGUGGUUCCGGCUAGGUUUUGGCAAGAAACGAUUAAUCUGCUUAGACGAGUGCAACCAGAGUCUGUUUCACCACCGUUGUCCAAUAGCAAUAACCUGAUCUCCGGAUAUAAGAUUUUAGAUGAUGGUCCCAAACUCUCCCGACGCGGAUCACCAUCUUUUCCAGUCGGCGGAGCUAUUCCACUCCCUGCAUCGAAGCACAAGCCGAAUCCCAAUCCAUUUUCAAUACGCAAUGGAGUACGAUCUAAAAGUAAUUUGCUAAACACACCUUCAAUUCUCAACUUUUCUGCUGACAGAAGGAGAGGGAAGGUGGGAGAGAACAAGCUUGUUGAUGCACAUGCGUUAAGACUGUUUCAUAACAAACAUCUGCAAUGGCGGUUUGCAAAUGCUAAAGUAGAUGCUGCCAUGGUUGUCCAGCAAGCAACUGCUCAGAAAAGUCUGUAUAACGCAUGGGUGACUAUCUCAAAGAUGUGGCAUUCUGUCAUAUCCAAAAGAUUACAGAUACAACAACUGAAUCAGGACUUGAAGUUGCACUCUAUCCUGAAGAAACAAAUGCCAUAUUUGGAUGAAUGGGAUCAAAAUGAAAAGGAUCACUCCAUCUCCUUAGGUGGGGCUAUUAAGGUUCUGGAGUCUAGCUCUCUUUGUCUUCCAGUUUUAUGUGGUGCAAAGGCUGAUGUUGAAAAUUUGAAAGACGCCAUUUUCUCAGCUGUUGAUGUGAUGCAGACAAUAUCAGUCUCCAUAUGCUCUUUAGUAACUAAGGUGGAGAAUGUGAAUUUUUUGGCAUUUGAACUUCAACAAACAACAAAAAGCGAAUGCUUUUUGCUUGAUCGAUGCAAGGAUCUAUUUUCAACAUCAACACUCUUUGAGGUGCAAGAAUGUAGUCUGAGAGCACAUGCAUUACAACUUGUACGUCCGGGUACAAUGACAAGACUGUGAAGGUGAUGUCGCUUUGACCACUUACCAAAAAACAAAUUACUAACACAAUACUGGAAAUUCCAACUUUGCCCUUUAUCAUGGAGCUAAUUCAAUAAACCAAAGAGUAGGUGAGUGUCAUAUAUGCAUAUGUUUGUUCUUUCAUUUGUGUAGUGUUCCUUUUUUUUAUCUUUAGGAUUAGAUGGGAACAAUUUGCGUAUAGGUUAGAAAAUACAUGUAAACUUUUAUUUUUAAUGCAAAU